CUCGCUCCGAUGCGCGGCUCGUGGGACGAGAGCACGACGGCGGCGCUGCACGCGCGCAUCCUGGAGGCCACGCGCGGGCCCGGCGGCACCGAGCCGGCGGCCUGCGAUCCUCCGCCCUCGCUCUCGCUGUCCGCCAUCGAACUGGCCGCGCCGACUCCCUUGCUGCCGCUGCCGACCUUAUCCUUCAGCGCUGCCCAAGUGGCAACCGUCUGCGAAACUCUAGAAGAAAGCGGAGACGUGGAGAGACUGGCGCGCUUUCUCUGGUCCCUCCCCGUGGCGCAUCCGAACGUCGCCGAACUAGAGAGAUGCGAAGCUGUCCUGAGAGCCCGCGCCGUGGUGGCCUUCCACGCCGGGAGACACAGAGAACUGUACUCCAUCCUGGAGCGGCAUCGCUUCCAGCGCUCGAGCCACGCCAAGCUGCAAGCCCUCUGGCUGGAAGCGCACUACCAGGAAGCCGAGCGACUCCGCGGCCGACCUCUGGGUCCCGUCGACAAAUACAGAGUCCGGAAGAAGUUUCCCCUCCCGAGAACGAUAUGGGAUGGCGAGCAAAAGACACACUGUUUCAAGGAACGGACUCGGUCGUUACUCAGGGAAUGGUACCUCCAGGAUCCUUACCCAAACCCGACGAAGAAGAGAGAACUAGCAGCGGCGACGGGUCUAACGCCGACACAAGUCGGCAACUGGUUCAAAAACCGACGGCAAAGAGAUCGCGCGGCCGCUGCUAAAAACAGAUCCGCCGUUUUAGGAAGAGGAUUCGCGUCGUCAUCGACUUACGACGAAGACUCGGCAGACUCGGAGAUAAACGUCGACGAAGAAUAGACUGAUGUGUUCUUAAGUGGUUGAGUGCGGACUUUUGCAAUAUAGACACAUGCCAGUGAGAUGUGUUGUAAAGUUACUAUAGGCUAUAUUGAAGUGUUAUGUGCUUGACUUCAGCAUAUCCAAGCAAAAGGUAUGUAAAUAAUAAAUUCCGUUAAUAAGCAAUGAAUCGCGACCUUCCGAACGCAUUUAAAAGCCGCAAGAAUUUAUUUAUCAUAUCAGAACUGUAUUAUACUUGUAUGUUUGUAGAUAAUGUUCGUUUGUAUGUCUGUAAUUGAAAUCAAGCGAUGGAAUGUAAAAGUUGGAUAUUAUAAGCUAUUAUUUAUUUUUAUUGAUAGAAAAUUAUAUUUUUCUGUUCGUACAGAAACGCUGUGAUAUGGUGUUAGCAAUUGUAAAUAUAUCU